AAAAAGCAGACCCUCGAAACCAAGCAAGCGGGAGAGAGGAUAGACAACAUGACUGAGAGGCCGUCGAUCCUUUGUUUCGGCGACUCCCUCACUGCCGGUUGGUACAAGUACGGGCUGGAGUAUCACCCGUAUGCAAAGAAGCUGCAUGAGUGCCUUCAAGCCGCGUUCCCAACGACCGAUAUCAUGAUCGAGGUGGAUGGAGUUCCCGGAGACUUGGUCACAUCUCCUCCCGGGUCAUUUCUAUCUCGGAUUCAGGGGAGAUGUGCGACGAAGAAAUAUGACUGGGUCAUCGUUCUUGGCGGGACGAAUGACCUUGGGUAUGGCAAUGGCCCUGACAAGAUAUAUUCUGCCCUUCAAGAGUCCUGGAAUGUCGUUCUUGCUACAGGCGGCAAAGUACUUGCCUUGACAGUCCCCGAGUGCGCAGCUGAAUCUGCAAUCUUGGACCAGAGACGGGCCCAGUUAAACUCUGCUAUCCUUGCUCAUCAAGCAGAGCGAUUUUACGCGUUUGAUCUGAAGAGUCAAAUUCCGUAUCGUGCCGCGACUCAGACAUUCCGAGACGAGAUAUUUGAUGAUGGCUUGCAUCUUACACCAGCUGGGUAUGAUCUGAUGGGGAGUUUGGUAGGAGCUCAUUUGAUUGGUCUCUGAACAUAGAAGGGGCAAUACAAAGGAGAACAGAUGGACAUCAAUUGCUGCUGGACGGAAUAUUGUAGCAGAACGCCCAGUGUUCGUCAGAAAGAAUCCAAU